AUGGAGCCCCAUUCAGCUGCUCCUCACAAAAGGUGCAUCCCCUGGCAAGGGGUCCUGCUCGCAGUGUCAUUUUUCAUCUUCAGGAGCCCAGUCAUCACAGCCCAACUGACCAUUGAAUCAGUGCCAACCCAUGCUGUCCAAGGAGAGGAUGUUCUUCUACUGGUCCACAACCUGCCAGAAAGUCCUGUAUUCUACUAUUGGUACAGAUCUGGCAGUACAGAAUAUAGUAAUAGAAUAGGCAUUUAUGUAGUAUCGUCUCAAACAACUAAACCAGGAGAUGCCAACAGUGGUAGAGAGACAAUCUACUCUAACGCAUCCCUGUUGCUCCGGAAUGUCACCCUGGGGGACGCAGGACCCUACACACUCGAGGUAGCAGACGUGGAUGCAAACUCUAAUAUAUCUACUGGACACAUCUUUGUCUACCUGAAUUUAUCCAAACCUAACAUUAUCACCAACAACUCCAAUCCCAAGGAGGACAUGGACAGUGUAACAUUAAUGUGUGAACUUGAGCUUCAGGCUCAGAAUGUAUCUUUCCUGUGGCUGAAAAACUCUGAGAGACUUCCAGACCAUGGCAGGCUGGAGUUGUCCCAGAACAACAGGACUCUCACUAUACACAACGUCACAAGGAAUGACACUGGACAAUAUCAGUGUAGAGCCUGGAAUCCAGUGAGUGUUGCUGAUAGUGACCCACUCCACCUGGAUGUUCUCUAUGGCCCGGACACCCCCACCAUAUCCCCCUCAGGCUCAGAUUACCCUGAAGGGGCAACUCUCAACCUCACCUGCCAAGCAGCCUCUAACCCACCUGCACAGUACUCUUGGCUUAUCAAUGGGAACAAUGAGCAAGACACACAAAACCUUACUAUCCCCAACAUCAAUAUGACUGAUAGUGGAAACUAUACCUGCCAGGCCUAUAACAAUGCCACCAACCUCACCAGGACCGUCUCCGUGCUUAUCAUAGUCUCUGAGUCACUGACAGCGCCCUCCAUCCGCAUCAGCAAUACCACUAUCACAGCAAAUGAGGGGCCUGUGGUCUUGACCUGCCUCACAGAACACACUAACAUCUCCAUCGAGUGGGUCUUCAACGGCCAGAGACUGCAGUACUCGGAUAGGAUGAUGCUGUCCCAGAACAAGAGCGUCCUCACCAUAAACCCCGUCAAGACGGAGGACACCGGGAACUAUCAGUGUGAGGUCUUCAACAAUGCCAGUAGCCGGAGAAGUGACCCCAUCACACUGACUGUGAACAAGUCUUCAGAAAACCCUGGCCUCCCACCAGGGGCCAUUGCCGGCAUCGUGAUUGGAGUACUGGCUGGGGUGGCUCUGAUAGCAGCCCUGGUGUACUUUCUGUGUAUCAGAAAGUCUAGAGGCGUGCUGGGUGCUCUGAGUCUCAUCGCCCCUCCUCAAUGCAUUUGGGCAAAAAUCAAGGCCUGUGAACGGGUAGAAAUCUUCACCAGCGGUCUGAGGCCUCUGUGGCUCUACUCCUGCCCCUUCUCUGGUACUAAUAUUGCUGACAAACUCUGA